CUGGUUGGUGCGGACGAGCUUUUCCAGCGUGGGCCCGGGCUGAAGUGUCAGGUCUGCCAGUUGUCGGAUUUUCCUGCUAACGGCUACUGAGCUAGCUGUGUGUAAACAACGAGGAUGAAGCGGAUGAAAGGAGCUGAGGAGGGCAGCAACAGCUCUCCCAGUAAGAGCCCACCAGAGGCUUGCAAGAAGGUUCGCAAGCAGGUGAGCGAGGAGUCGGCGGCAGCGGUGGCCAGUGAGUCGCCGGACAGUGACUGGGCGCGGCUGCCGCAGGAGCUCCUGCUCCACGUGUUCCAGUACCUUCCACUGCUGGACCGGGCUUAUGCCUCUCAGGUGUGUCGCCGGUGGAACCAGGCUUUCCACAUGCCUGAGCUGUGGAGAUGCUUUGAGUUUGAGCUUAACCAGCCAGCUAGCUCUUACCUGAAAGCCACGCAUCCAGACCUCAUCAAGCAGAUCAUAAAGAGGCACUCUAACCACCUGCAGUACGUCAGCUUCAAGGUGGACAGUAGUACAGAGUCUGCAGAGGCAGCAUGCGACAUUCUUUCACAGUUGGUGAACUGCUCACUCAAGACCUUGGGGCUCAUCUCUACAGCCAGGCCCAGUUUCAUGGAGGUGCCAAAGUCUCAUUUCAUCUCAGCUUUGACCGUGGUGUUUGUCAACUCUAAGUCGCUGUCUUCGCUGAAGAUUGACGACACGCCAGUUGAUGAUCCGUCUCUGAAGGUGCUGGUGGCCAACAACAGUGACACCCUGAAACUUCUGAAGAUGAGCAGCUGCCCUCACGUCUCUCCAGCAGGAAUCCUGUGUGUGGCAGACCAGUGUCACGGGCUGAGAGAGCUAGCACUGAACUACCACCUCUUGAGCGAUGAACUCCUGCUGGCCCUCUCCUCGGAGAAACACGUCCACCUGGAACACUUGCGUAUCGAUGUGGUCAGCGAGAACCCUGGCCAGCACUUCCACACCAUCAAAAAGAGCAGCUGGGAUGCAAUGAUGCGGCACUCGCCCAAAUUCAACCUGGUCAUGUACUUUUUCCUCUAUGAGGACGAGUUUGGCCCUUUCUUUAACGAGGAGAUCCCUGUCACACACCUCUACUUCGGCCGCUCAGUCAGCAAGGAGGUCUUGGGCCGCGUUGGCCUCCACUGCCCCCGUCUGGUGGAGCUGGUGGUGUGCGCCAAUGGCCUGCGUCCUCUGGAUGAGGAACUGAUCCGCAUUGCAAAGCACUGCACCCAGUUGUCAGCCAUCGGCCUGGGCGAGUGCGAAGUUUCCUGCAGCGCUUUUGUGGAGUUUGUCAAGAUGUGUGGCCGGAGGCUGUCUCAGCUGUCCAUCAUGGAGGAGGUGCUGAUUCCUGAUCACAAAUACUCCCUGGAUGAGAUUCACUGGGAGGUUUCAAAGCACCUGGGCCGAGUCUGGUUCCCGGACAUGAUGCCGACCUGGUAAAGUAAAGCCAGCGAGGAGCUCUGUACAUCAAGUAUGUGGUGUAAAACGGUCAUGGUCUCCAUGUUUGCACUGAAAAGCCUUUAAAUGCUCAGCGGUAGUGGAGAGUUUGGUGCCAACAUGGAGAGCAUAAACUUAUAAUGUGGCACCCAACUGCUACACAACGUUAUCAUGUAAUGCAAACACCACAAAAAUCUCUGCUUGGUAGCUUCUGGACUGUGGCACCCUGCUUGGUCUAAUGCGGAGACAGAACUGGGCAGGCUGGCUUUUUCACUGAACAAUCAGCACACAGAUCAGUGGCAGUGCAGGUAGAAAUAUUUGACUAACAAAGCAAUGUUUUUAUAACUGCAAACUAAGUUAUACUGACAUUGUAGCUUGGUUCUGAUAAUCUAUAUUAUGAGAGGUGUGUGUGUGUGUACGUGUGUGUGCGUGUGUGCGUUUAAUGUUUGUUUUUUUUAACAUUGUGGAGUAAUUUGUGGACAAUUACGUGCACAAUUGCAUGUUGUUACACUACCACUCGGCCUACUUCAGUCCAGUCUGAGAUAGCAGCUCUGCACUCUGUAACACAAUAUGGCAUUGGAGGUUUCCAAAUGGCUGCAAUGUUAUUUGCAUAUAGGAUGUGUUUGGAGGUGUAGUAGUUGAGGGUGGGUUCACUUUUGCAGAGGAGCGCCUGGGUCCCUCACCUCAUUUUAAGCAAAUUUAAAAUACAAGGAGCAGCGGUGGUGUUGACGACACCUUGCUUUUCCUCCUCGCCCGGGGAGAAGGAGAAGAAGAAGAAAACAUGAUGGUUGAAAAUGUUAGAAGUCAGCCAGGAGAGAGAGAGAAAUGUGUAUAUAGGUCUCUAUAUUUGUGAUGUGAAGGUGUACAAUGUUGAUUGAUGUCAUGGAUUUUUAUUUUCUCCAAGUUAUGCAAGGUAUGAUAUUUCUUUCCUGCAUAGUGCAUCAAUUGGCUUGAGAAAUUAAUUUCUGUGUUUUAUUAAGAAAGUUUCUGUACAGUCAUAUAUUUCCUAAGCACCUUAUAUGAAUACCAAAUAAUUGUUUGGGCAAACCAAGUUCUUCUACCCUAAUGAAAGAAAGGAAAUCAGCUUUAUAAUGCUCCAGUUGGUCUUAGUUGGACCCAGAUCUUAAUGCUGAUUAUUUACGCUGUACCGGGCUUCUGAUAAGUCAGAUGCCAAGGACGGUAUAUUGAAGUGAUGAAGCUGUAAUUACUGAUUUUAAAAAAGCAACAAAUGAUUCUAUGUGUGUG